AUGGCAACUUUGUAUAAUGAUACUGAUUCGGAUUCGUAUAGGGUUAGAAGAUGUUUGACAAGUACUACCACAACUCAAAGUAAUGCUGUUUCAAAAGCUCUCGUCCGAAUGCCUGAUGAGGAAUCCAAUGAACUGAAAAAAUUUCGAAAACUUUGGUGGGAUCAAGGAAACCUUUAUCCAAAGGCGGACUGA